AUGCAGGACGGGAGUUGGAAUCAGCCACUCCCCAUCUCUCUGCUGCUGAAGGACCCGGCAGGAGGCAGGACUUUGGAGGGCGAUGGGGGUGUGUUUUCUGAGGCAUCCUCUGAUGGAGAACUCUACCUGGACUCAGUGACAGAGCUAGAUUCUGGAGAUGCAGACUUUGCAGAUCUUACUGCCUUCUUGAGCGCAGAAGAGAUCAACCAUAGCCUGGACCUGGCCCGGGAGGCCUUUGGUGACCAAUUUGAAUGUGAAGAUCCAGGCCCUUCUAAUCCUACAUCCCAGGAGCAGGCUCUCCAAAAUGUCCCCUCACUUCCUGUGCCCUCCAAGACUACUGAAAACCUCACGACAAGCCCAAACCUGCAGCACCAGACCAAAGCCCCCUGCCCAGAUGACAGUGCAGCAGUUGAAGCCUCUUCCAGCCAGAACGCCCUCCUCAGCAAACCUGUACAGGUGUCCAGCGAGGCUCCCUCCUCUACUGAGAAGGUUGUCCGCCACAAACCCAUCCAGCCAGUCUAUAAGCAGGAUAAACCCCGGCUGGUUCAUGAAGGCCUGGAGCUGAACGAUCGGGCGGCUUCAGCAACAGAGUUCUGUAGCCGGGCUGCCACGUUCAUCGAGGAGCUGUCCUCCAUCUUCAAAGGUUCUGCUCACUUGGAGCAGCAGGUGGAGGAGGACUCCUCCUCUCCCGAUAGUGGCUAUCUUUCUCCAAGGAGUCGGCGGCCAGUCCCUCAGGGAUCUGUUUCUGCUCCCUCACUGCCCCCCAACCAAGAGGAACCACAGUACAGCCAGCCGGCCACCAGCCAGGAGCCUCAGCCAGGAGGCUCGGUGGGAGUGGCAGCUUCUGCAAGGUAUCAAAACUCUGGAGCUCCAACCACACAUGGACCGCUGUCUCCUCCUUGCUUCCUCCAGAAGCUGAAGAGUCAGGAGGUGGCAGAAGGAAGCCCCAUUCGUCUGGAAUGCAGAGUCACAGGAAACCCUCUGCCGCUGGUCAGGUGGUUCUGCGAAGGCCGUGAGCUGCACAACUCUCCCGACAUACAGAUCUGGAGGGAUGGUGACCUGCACACGCUGGUGAUCACUGAAGCCUUUGAGGACGACACAGGACGUUACACCUGCGUGGCUUCCAACAGUCUCGGAGCAGAUAACACCUCUGCAGAGGUUUACAUCGAAGGAGCUUCGUCAUCAGACUCUGAAGGAGAAGGAGCUUCGUCAAACUCCAGAUCGGGAACCAUGCCUCAAGUUCAGAAGAAGACCACUUCAAUGUCCCUGACAAUACGCUCUUCAUCACCUAAAACCCCUGAGGUCCUUCCUCAUCGCUCCACCUUGGUCCAGGCUUUGUCUCAGCCCCUGCAGCGGAUGCAGAGCCCAGUGUCUUCACUGUAUGGUGGGGAGGUGUCAGGUCCUCCUAUAUUCACCAAGCUGUUGCAGGAUGCCCAGGCCUCCGAGGGCCAGGUGGUGGUUCUGGAGUGCAGGGUCCGCGGAAGCCCUCCUCUGCAGGUCCGAUGGUACCGCCAGGGAGAGGAGAUCCUGGACUCCCCAGAUUUUCGUAUUCUCCAGAAAAAGCCUCGAUCUGCAGCAGAGACAGAGGAGAUCUGCACCCUGGUGAUAGCCGAGGCCUUUCCAGAGGACGGAGGUCUGUUCUGCUGCACCGCGUCCAACCCGUUUGGCUCCAUUAACAGCACGGCCCAUCUCGCCGUCACUGCAGCCGAGGACUCAUCGAGUAAUGGCAUGUCUGGUGAUAGCUCAGGGUUUGAGGAUGCAGCAGCCUUCCCCCCUCCUCCCCCACCCACAGAAGUCAGCCUCCUGGAGCUGCCACCCAAGAUGCUGCCUCAUCCCGGCACCGAGGCUUUCCAUGUCAAGGAGCUCGAGAUCUGGCCCAGCGUGUCAUCCCUGCCUCCAGUACAGAUGGGCUCAGAGAUGGAGGACAACGAUAAGGGAAAAGGGUCUCUACAGAAUGGCCAACCCCCAAAUCCACCAUCACCUCCAAGCCCGCCUAAAGCAACCACGCCACCACCCCCACCUCCACCUCCACCACUGUCUGACUUCAUGACAGAUGUCCCAGUUGCAGCCAAAAGUCCAGCCCAGGUGGCACCGGACUCACAUCCAUCCCUUGGGAAGGACGGUCCUCCGCUGCCGACCAAGCCUAAACCAAAGCUGAACGCGUCCCAGCUGAAGCAGCUGCAGGACCAGAUUCUAUUGGAGCAGCAGGAAGCAGCCAACUGGCAGCAGCAGCAGGAGAGCCAGGAAGUCCCGCCUCCACCUCAGCAACCGCCUCAGGAAGCGCCUCCACCUCCACCACCGUCUCCACCUCUCCCCCCUCCUCCCUCCUUCCAGGAGCUGGAGAGCAACGCAGCCAUGCAGGCCAGCACCUUCAACUACGCCCGGCCCAAGCAGUUCAUUGCUGCUCAGAGCCCCGGGGGCACGGGCUACGCCACCCAGUCCUCUGGCUCCUCGGGAUCCAGCCUGUCCUCCCCCCUGUCUCCUCCCACCUCACACAAGCCCUUCAGCAGGGUCGCCAUGCCCCCCUUCACCAAGGCCGCCAGCGUGGAGUCUCCCAGCUCUCCUUCCUUCCCGCCUCCGCCUCCGCCCUUCCUCAGCUCAAGUAACCUGUCCUCUCCUUUAGGCCCCGCCCAAGAUUUCCCUCCCCCUCCGCCUCCUCCCCCUCUGCCCGUCUCUUUGUCUCCAGCCCACUCAGAUGUGUCCUCGCCAUUCUCCUCCGUCCCUCCAUCUCCUGCCUCCAGCUUCCUGUCCUCAGUGCUGCCCUCCACACCUUCCUCACCUGGCAGCCCUACAGUCAACGCCCUGGGCCUUCCCAAAGGCAACGGGACUGUCAAAGCGUUCCCCAGGAAGUCCUCGGGCCCCAGGACGCCUCGCGUCGCCUCUGACUCGGACAUCCAAGGAUCCAAAGACGCCGUCAUCCAGGACUUGGAGAGAAAAUUGCGCUUUAAAGAGGAGCGCAUAAGCAAUGGACAACAGAGGUUAACCUAUGAGGAGAAGAUGGCUCGCAGACUGCUGGGUGCUGACAACGCUGCCACAGUCUUAAACACACAGGACACAGAGGAGGAGCCAGUCACGCAGGAAGACAAGACGUCUGAUAGAGAAUCUGUCCCUCAAAAGGAAUACAAAGUGUCCAGCUUCGAGCAGCGCCUGAUCAGCGAGAUUGAAUUCCGUCUGGAGCGUUCUCCGGUGGAGGAGUCAGACGACGACGUGCAGCACGAUGAAGACUCCGCCGGCCAGGGGGUGGCGCCAUCCUUCGACCAGAAACUCAAACACUACAAAGUCUUUGAGGGCAUGCCGGUUACCUUCUCCUGCAAGGUCAACGGAGACCCCAAACCAAAGGUCUACUGGUUCAAAGAUGGCAAGCAAAUCUCCAAGAGGAGCGAGCACUACAGGAUCAGCCGCGACGCCGACGGGACCUGCUCUCUGCACACUGCUGCAGCUUCACUGGACGACGACGGCAACUACACCAUCAUGGCAGGCAACCCUGAGGGCAGAGUGAGCUGCACCGGCAGGAUGAUGGUCCAGGCUGUGAACCAGCGAGGCCGGAGCCAACGCUCUGCACCUGGACACAUGCGCAGGCCCAGGUCCAGGUCUAGAGACAGCGGCGAUGAGAACGAUAACAUCCAAGAGCGCCACUUCCGCCCCCACUUCCUGCAGGCGCCCGGCGACCUCAUCGUUCAGGAGGGCCGCCUGUGCCGGAUGGACUGCAAGGUGAGCGGCCUGCCCACCCCUGACCUCAUCUGGCAGCUGAACGGACAGACCAUCCGCCCUGACUCCGCCCAUAAGAUGCUGGUGAGGGAAAACGGCGUGCACUCAUUGGUCAUCGAGCCCGUGACCAGCCGUGACGCAGGCAUCUACACCUGCAUCGCCAGCAACCGAGCCGGGCAGAACUCCUUCAACCUGGAACUCAUCGUUGCAGCCAAGGAGAUGCACAAGGCCCCUUCAUUCGCCGAGAAGCUGCAGAACACGAGCGUGGCUGAGGGUCACCCUGUGCGGCUGGAGUGUCGGGUCACAGGGGUCCCCUCCCCACAAAUCUUCUGGAAGAGGGAGAAUGAGUCAUUCACCCACAACACAGACAGAAUCAGCAUGCACCAGGACAACUGUGGCUACCUGUGCAUGAUCAUCCAGCCAGCCAUGAAAGAAGACGCUGGCUGGUACACUGUGUCGGCCAAGAAUGAAGCUGGCAUCGUAUCCAGCACUGCACGCCUCGAUGUCCACACUCAAUGGCAGCAGCCUAACCUCCCCAAGCCCAAGAAGGUGCGUCCCUCCACCAGCCGCUACGCCGCACUGACAGAGAGAGGGCUGGACGUGAAGGCGGCCUUCUUCCCCGACUCCAGCCCCCUGCAGCCCGGUGGCCUGGUGGAAAGUGACGACCUGUAGAGACCGCAGGGAGGAACGAGGACUGCGACGUCACCCACCCCCCCAAAAAAAAGACCCUGAAAGCUGCCCUCGCUCCCAGUACUCCUGAGACAAAUAUAACCUUGUCCACCUGAGGGCCUCUAUCAUUGAACUGCAGACACAGAACUAAAGGGUCGGUGGGCAGAGUGAGCUGGUGCAGCCUGGUUUUCUUAUGUUUUUAUAGUAUGACACAACCCAUUAUAUUACAGAAUUCAUCAAGCUGUUUGCCCAUGCUUCAUUUUAUCAACUGGACCUGGAAAACGAUUGAAGUGUUUACCACGAGGAUGAGCGCGUUCAUAAAAAUGCUCUCUCAUGUUUCAUGAACUGCACGGUUGACUCUGUUUUGCAAAGGGUUGUCUUUUUAAGUGCCUCUCAUGUCUGUAAAGAUAAAAAAAAACAAAAAACAACAGGUUUAAAAAUGAAACCUAGAAUUACUAUGCAUGUUGAAGCGGUGCCAUUUGAAAUACACAGACUAAUACUGUAUCUAUAUGUAGCACUGCACCGACUUUGUGUAGAAGUGGGACGUCCCGCAGGUGGAGACUGAAUGACUCAAAGCAUGCGAGCUUUGACGAAGGAGAUCACAGACUUUUAUUAUGUGGGCUUGUGUAGCACAGUGCUGAUGUCUACAGUAUGCGGAAGUAGCCGGAGUUUCAUACAGUCUCAGUGUUGUCAGGUCGUAGAUUAGCUUACAGAUAUCGGAAAAGGCCGGGCCUUACAAACAGUACGUUUAGUGUUUGAUUUAGCAAAAGAAAUGAGGUCUGGGGAAAAGGGAACGCUCACACGUGGAUGUGGUUUGUUUGUUUGUUUGUGGGUGCAGCAGAACUUGAGGAAGGUUGGAUGUAAUAGCCACAGGAAGGAGCAGCGACAGGGAAAAGCAGGUUUUUGUGAUGGACGUCUUUAAUGUGGUAAGUUAACGCUCGAUUGAGGAACGUGAGCGGCGGCAGAAAACUUUGGUGAUGGCGGGUCAUUUUUGUGAUUUUUUUUUUUUCUCCCUUCUUUGAUGGCUUAUUUUAAAAGUGUGAAUUGAAAUGUUCUCACUCGACAGAGGGUGCUGUGAAAGGUUUCCGUGUAUUUGUCACACAAAUCACAGAUUGUCCAUUUUAUUUUUGUAUGAAGAAAAACAAACUUUACUUUCCCAUGAAUCUUGACAUAAAUUAUAUCAGCAACCUUUUGUUCACUGAUAAAACAAUCUUUUCUGUAUCAUGAAGUUUUAUAAAUAUAUUUACUGCCUUAAAUCACUUUUAGGCUUAAUACAAACACAACUUCUUUGCAUGUUAUUUUUGGACACUUGUACGGUGCCAAACAACUUUUUUUUUUCCAGGAUGUAUAGAAACACAACUUUUUUCCAGUAUUCAGGGGAAGGAAACACUCGGCGCUGGUCAACAGUGGAAGGCAAUCAUCCCCUCUGUAAUACUCUACAAAGUGGACAUCUUUUUCUGUGUCUGUUCAGAGCUUGCAUCAGCUGACAGUUACUGUGUUUGCACAUUUCUAUGCCAAUCAAUGCCUGUAUAUGGAUUGUUCUCCUGAUAUUAUUUUAGGUUAUGAAAGUUAAUAAAAUUCAAACUC